AUGGACUCGCGGGUGUCGGAGCUGUUCGGCGGCUGCUGCCGGCCGGCGGGCGGCGGCGCGGGCGGGGCGCUGCGCGGGCGCGGGGGGGCCGCGCCCGGCGGCGGCGGCGGCUCCAAGGCGAAGAAGAAGAACGGCCGGAGCCGGGGGGCCAAGGCCAACAACCCGCCGUACCUGCCGCCCGAGGCAGAAGAUGGGAACAUCGAGUACAAGCUAAAGCUAGUGAAUCCUUCACAAUAUCGCUUUGAGCACCUGGUGACACAGAUGAAGUGGCGACUACAAGAAGGCCGUGGUGAGGCUGUCUAUCAGAUUGGCGUGGAGGACAACGGGUUGCUGGUGGGCCUCUCAGAAGAGGAGAUGCGUGCCUCACUCAAGACACUGCGUCGUAUGGCAGAGAAAGUUGGGGCAGACAUCACGGUGCUCCGGGAGAGGGAGGUCGAUUAUGACAGCGAUGUUCCAAGGAAGAUAACAGAAGUCCUUGUCCGAAAGGUGCCUGACAACCAGCAGUUCUUAGACCUGCGAGUGGCUGUGUUGGGGAAUGUGGACUCAGGGAAGUCAACUCUUUUGGGUGUCCUGACACAAGGAGAGCUAGACAAUGGGAGGGGCAGAGCACGCCUCAACCUCUUCCGGCAUCUCCAUGAAAUCCAAUCAGGAAGAACGUCAAGUAUCAGCUUUGAGAUCCUUGGCUUCAACAGCAAAGGAGAGGUGGUGAAUUACAGUGACUCCCGGACAGCAGAAGAGAUCUGUGAGAGUUCCUCCAAGAUGAUCACUUUCAUUGAUCUGGCUGGCCACCACAAGUACCUGAAAACAACAAUCUUUGGCCUCACCAGCUACUGCCCAGAUUUUGCUAUGUUGGUGGUUAGUGCCAACACUGGCAUUGCAGGCACAACACGAGAGCACUUGGGCUUGGCAAUGGCCCUCAAGGUCCCCUUCUUCAUCGUCGUCAGCAAAGUUGACUUGUGUUCAAAAGCCACUGUGGAACGGACAGUGAAACAGCUGGAGCGAAUCCUGAAGCAGCCAGGCUGCAACAAGCUCCCCCUGCUUGUGAACUCAGAUGACGAUGCUGUCACAGCAGCACAGCAGUUUGCACAAUCUCCCAACAUUACCCCAAUCUUCACCCUGUCCAGCGUUUCUGGGGAGAACCUAGAUCUCUUGAAAGUCUUCCUCAACAUCCUUCCUCCACUGACCAACAGUAAAGAACAGGAGGAACUAAUGCAGCAGCUUACGGAGUUUCAGGUCGAUGAAAUCUAUACUGUGCCAGAGGUGGGGACUGUUGUGGGAGGAACUCUGUCGAGUGGGAUCUGCCGAGAAGGGGAGAACCUGGUGGUGGGUCCCACUGAUGACGGGAAGUUCCUCCGGCUGAAGGUGUGCAGCAUCCAGCGUAACCGCUCAGCCUGCCGUGUGCUGCGGGCAGGGCAGGCAGCCACGCUGGCCCUUGGGCCCUUUGACCGCUCCCUGCUGCGCAAGGGCAUGGUGAUGGUGAGCCCAGAAAUGAACCCCACCAUCUGCUCAGUGUUUGAAGCCGAGAUUGUGCUGUUGUUCCAUGCCACGACUUUCCGGAAGGGGUUUCAGGUGACGGUGCAUGUGGGAAAUGUGCGGCAGACUGCUAUUGUAGAGAAGAUCCACGGAAAGGACAAGCUGCGGACAGGAGAGAAGGCAGUUGUCCGUUUCAGAUUCAUCAAGCAUCCUGAAUACUUGAAGAUCGGAGCCAAGUUGCUCUUCCGUGAAGGAGUCACCAAAGGAAUUGGGCACGUCACUGAUCUCCAAGCCAUUACCACCAAAGAAAAUGGCCUGGAGGAGUCCCUAGGGCCUGGACAACUGAGCUUCUGACUAACACUAGGUCAGAGAGAUCACUCACCAACAACUGGGGAGAAGGAUGUAAGCUCCCCCGGCUCUCCGAGCGAUGCCUGGAGCUGCUGCUGUCCAGUUUUAAUGUGGGCGUCCCUCCUCUUUGCUGUGAGAUGGAGGCUUGGAGAGUUUCUUGCAUUCAGUGCCCUACAUGAGGCAAGUUAAGCAUGUUCUCCACGUUGCCUGCUGUUUUGAUUACCCUGCCCUCCAGAAUAGAUCAGAGGCCUCUGCAGACCUGGGCAGGCAAGUUUUGGCUUUGUUUGCUAUUUGAAAAUUUCUGGUUGGGAGGAGCAGAGCCCUUGAAGACUAGCAGUGAAGGGAUUUUUUUCCCCCCAUCUCUGAUACAAGAUCUGGUUCCAUUCCAGCUUGAUCCUGAGUAGUCCUGCAGCACAUCCCUCUGGGGAGGGGAUGGAAGAGGCCUUGCUACCCACAGUGGGGGCUUGGCUAAACGUUUCGCAAUGCAUUCAGGACAUUUUUAACCAUUUUAAUCUUGAUUGGCUUUAAUCUGCAGUGUCCAUUUGUGUGUUGGUUUUGCAUUACUGUAAUCUGAGUGUCUUACUGUUGGACAAAUGUCCUGUCCUGUUCCCCACACAUAUGCACAUGUACACACUCCUUAAGCCUCCCACUUGUGACUUCUGGGAUGUUGGGGCUGUUCUGAGCAGCACGGCCUCUUGAUGUAACAGCAUGAAGGCAGAAUUUGCACUUAAAUCUGCUCCUUGUAGGAGCUGAGCAGCCUGCUGCCAGAAACAGGAGGCAGUUUAGUGGAGCAAAGCGAGGCCUAGGCCUGUGCUGGCACGUGCUAGCCGAACCUCCAUGGGAAUAACUACAGAUGUCAUCUUCAAGUGAGCAGCAGCAUUUUGCAGUGGACUCCCUGGUACAGCAAUUCCAGGGCCCAGCACAGCUUGCUCCUCGGACACUUGCCUUAAUGUUUGAGCAGGGCAGGCUGUGUUAUUAACACAAAACCAGAUGACUUUUAUUGUAUAGAUGUGAUUUGACAGUGGCGUGAUUUUAGUUCUUGUUCUCCUCAAGGAAGACUUCUUUUCCUUUGCCCUGCCACUGGGGUUUAUUGUUGGAGGAAAGCUGGUGUUGCCAGCAAGGACUCUGUGCAGAAGAAGUGGAGCACAUUUGUUCCUCACUUACUACCAUGUGGUUCCCCAUUUGUGCCCUGUGUGACAGCCUGGAGGGUGCGGCAGAGGCUGUACAGCUGUACAGAGGCUUUUGGUUUUACUGUUGACUGUUAGACCAAAUGUUACCAGCUGUGAGCAACAGUUCUUCAGCCAGCCUUGGAGCAGGGCAUGGUGUCCUGCCAGCCCUGACUGAAGAGAAAGAAGAGGGCCUGUAAUAGCACUUGCUUGCCAAAAUAACCCUACUACGAUCCUGAAAGCAAGUUCCUCUUCUGCUGGGGCUGCUGGCACAGGCAGUGCAUGCGGGGCUGAGUGGCCGUGCUGAUCUGUGGAUGUCUUGGAGCAGCACUUAGCACAUGGGGUGGCUGCACCCACAAAGAGCAUGCUGAAGUGAUGUGAAGUUGGUGAAAAUGUGGUAUAUAUGAAGGGAUGGCAAAAGGUCAUCAUCCCCAUGAAAGAUUCAGAGGCAGCUCAGUAGUGACAGGAGCAGGCCUUACCUGUCUCCUGGGAGGAGAACUGACCCAGCUGGAAACCUGCCUCCUCAUCAGUCCAGUGGUGAGACAGCAUCUACAGGCUCAGGGCAGCUGCAGGAUCCCUUUUCCCUUCCACCCUGGCAGUGGUCUGGGUGUUACAGCAACGUGUUUUUUGACCCGGGCCUGCAAGGAUAAGCCUUAGCUGCCAGCAGACUCUUCCUUUUGGUGCUAGUGGCUCACUGAGAAAACUGCCCUGGGUGGGGGUGUCAAUCCAGCUGUUUGCAGCAGCCCUGGUGUCUUCUGCGCUGAGGCAGACAAACACAGGGUGCAGUGACUGUCUCUGAAACAGCAGGCGGCUGAUCUCAUCUUGUCCCUGCCAUCUGUGGCAUGACCGUUCUUGGUGCCAUGCUCUUCAUAAUUGCUGUUUUGUCAUCUUUAACUUUUCUAAUGCUGGGGGUGACCCCCUGUUCCCCAAGCAUUUAUAUAUAAAUGUACAGAAUAAAGAUGUUUUAUUGAGA